CCCCCGGGAGACCCGGGACCCCCUGGGCCCUCGGGGCCGCCGGGGCUGCGAGGGGAGCCCGGCCCGCCGGGGCCUCCGGGUCUUCCUGGGGCAGGGUCCGCGGGCGCGGUGAGCGCGGCCACCUACACCACGGUGCCGCGCGUGGCCUUCUACGCGGGCCUCAAGAACCCGCACGAGGGCUACGAGGUGCUCAAGUUCGACGACGUGGUCACCAACCUGGGCAACAGCUACGACGCGGCCAGCGGCAAGUUCACAUGCAGCAUCCCGGGCACCUACUUCUUCACCUACCACGUCCUGAUGCGGGGCGGCGACGGCACGAGCAUGUGGGCGGACCUGUGCAAGAACGGCCAGGUUCGGGCCAGUGCCAUUGCUCAGGACGCCGACCAGAACUACGACUAUGCCAGCAACAGCGUGAUCUUGCACCUGGAUGCAGGCGAUGAGGUCUUCAUCAAGCUGGACGGUGGCAAAGCCCACGGUGGCAACAGCAACAAGUACAGCACCUUCUCUGGCUUCAUCAUCUACUCCGACUGAGCCCUGCUCCCUGCGCCAGCCUCACUCCCAGAGUGAGGGGAAGCUGAGGGCUGGAGGUACUGUCCCCUGCCGACCCACCUCCAGCAGCCUCAGCCUGGGGUAGGGAGCUCCCUGUGCCCCAGAAGCUGCCUUGCCCCAGCGCCCCAAAGCCCCCGCCCAGCUGCACCUCCUCUGACCAAAGCUAUAAGAAACCUUUCCACCCCGAGGUCCAGUCUGUGCCCUGGGGAGGCAGCAGGGGUGCUGGACCUGCAGCCCUCGAUAGCAGGAGAGCAUGUGGGAAGCAGCCUGCCCCCACCUCUUGCAGGGGAAGUUCCAGUGUGCAGCAUUGCUCUGGCCAGCACAGGCCAUCUGUAAGUGGGCGCCUGGGCUCUCGUCCCUUUCUGUGACACUGAUCCUAGGGGAGUCGCCCCUGUAACCCCACUCUGGGUUAGUGGUGGCGCAGAGAGGGGCAGGUUUUGCACUGAGGACUGCUUGACCUCGGUCCCAGCACUCCGCCAGGGCCCUGUCUCGUCAUCAGUGGGACGUGGACUGGAGAGUGAAGGUGUA